GGCGAGCCUAGCAGUGCGUAGCUACUUCCUUGUUAGUGAGUGAGAGUCAGUAGUGUGAGGGCAAAAGCGUCAAGAAGUUUCACUCUGAAAAAGAGUACACGAAUUCUUUAAUUUAGUUUGUUUCCUGUAUGAAUUUUAGUUUUUUUCUGGAAAGUCACGACAGGGACUGAACGCGACUCCUGUUGAAAAUGGAGAAUUAGUGAGUAGUAUGGAAGAGAAGAAGAAGAAGGAGGCUCUUCAAGUUAGCGGUAGCUAGUCACCUGCCAUGCUAAUCACGGCUAGCCGGCUAACACAUGCUGAAAUGAUCGGAACUGGAUUAUUAAGCUCUUGGACCGUUUAAAGACAGUUCUUCGACAGAUUCUGUUCGAUGCUGUGGAUUGGCUUUUGUGCAGAAGAGACAAAACCGGCGGCUGGAGGAGACUCUGGCUCUUUCAGCUAGCUAAACUGUCUAGCUCUGUAGCUAGCUCCCAGCUAUAUUUGUUUCAAAUGUUUUGCUUUGUUUUUACCGGGGACCGGUCACCUGGGAAUAAACCUUUCAGAACGGGGAUAUUAUUAAACUCGAUCGAUGCCUAAUCCGGAGAUUUCUCACGACGGUCGGGGCCGGAGCCCUUCGGCACAAAGGAACCGCAGACAUGAGAGGCGGAGUAAAGCUCCCGGGAGCGCCGGUGCUAGCGUUAACGCCGCCCGGCGGGAGAGACACCGGGAUGGGAAGCGGCGCUCGUCGGCGUCACGGCGCAAGAGGCGCAAGCACGGCAGGGAGCGGGAGGCGCGGCGGUCGCCUGAGAAACUGGACGGCUUCGGUACCGACGGGGACGUUCACGGUCUGGCGGUGGAGUACGACGACGUGAGCUCGCAGUCGGAACGUUUCUCGGCUAGUCCGUCACCCAGAGCAGAGCCGACGUGGGCCGAGCUCCGAGACGGCGACGUGACGCCGGGUAAGAAAUCACGCCGAGAUCCUCCCGACUCCUCUUCGGGAAGCCGACAGGACCGCGAUCUCAAAAUCAAAGAUCAGAAAUCGCGGGACGACGCGCUGUCCUCCAAGCCGCGGGAGCGGACGAGAAAUCACGACAGCAACGGCAAGAAGUCAUCCGCGGAUAACAAACGCGAGGCCAAGCGGCACAAAAGCAGAACCAAGCCGGACAAAGAGCCUCCGUCUGCGUACCGGGACACGCCGCAAGCCUACCGGGACGAGCGCGAUGAGCUCCGGGCCUACAGGAGAAGCCCCGCGGGCUUUAAUAAAGCUGAGAGCCCGUACUCCUCGUCGUCGUACCCGUAUGGCUACCAGUCGCCCAACUACAACCCGUUUCCGAGCUACGGGAGCAAAAGGCUCUCCCCGAGCUCCACUUCUUACUACGGCCGGGACGCGGAGCCCUACAGCGGCUACAGCGCCUCCAAGUCGCCGUCCAGCAAGCGGAAGCGCUCCCCGGGCAGCCCGUACGCGUGGCGCCGCUCCCCGAGUCCGUAUGAGGCGUGGGAGAGCACCUCCAGCCCGUACAGCCGAAAACGCUCUCGGAGCCCGUACAGGAAAUCGGUCAGCCCCAGUCCAGAGCAGAGGCGUCCUGGGAAGUCACGUUCACGCAGUCCAUAUACGUCAUCGCGCCGCUCGCGCUCCCGUAGCCGUCACCGUCACUCACGGUCUCGCUCACGGCCCUCCAGCCUCUCGCCCAGCACCCUCACGUUCAAGAGCAGCCUGGCGGCCGAGCUCAGCAAGCAGAAGAGGGCCAAGGCUGCCGAGGCCGCACGCGCCAAGAGCUCCAGCAACGCUUCAACACCGACCAAGGGCUCAUCUUCGUCUUCUACUGCACCCCAGCCCAGUCCGAUCACCAAUCACAUAGUGAAGAAAACGCGGCCCCCUUCUCCUGCUUCGGCAUCUGAGAAAGGCCCCCGAAGCCCCGCGCCAAGCCAGCCGCAGUCCCCCAUCGACAAGACCGCCAAGAGCAGUUCAGAGGUGCCUCCGCCUGGCAGGGAGAGCAAAGUGAAGGAGGAGAAGAGGAAAGGACAAGCUGCUCAAGGGAAGGAGAAGGAGAAAGCGAAUGCCCCCGUGUCCUCACUGUCCUCUUUGCCUCUGCCCAACCUCCUAGAGCACAUAGAUGAAACUGAUAGCUUGAAGAACUCUACACACUCAGGGAAGAAGAAACCAGAAAAGAAAACCCGCCACCUCCUGACUGACCUCCCCCUCCCUCCCGAACUCCCUGGCAGUACACUCGGCUCUCCUCGAAGCCCACCGGAAGAGAAAAAGGCUGCCUCGUUAAGAAGGAGACCAAAAAUAUGUGGCCCACGCUUUGGAGAGAUUAAGGAGACGGAGAUUGAUUGGGGAAAGCGAUGCGUGGACAAGUUUGAAAUCCUUGGGAUCACUGGAGAAGGUACCUAUGGACAAGUGUACAAAGCCAAGGAUAAAGACACUGCUGAGAUGGUGGCUCUGAAGAAAGUGCGAUUAGACAACGAGAAAGAGGGCUUUCCUAUCACAGCUAUCAGGGAGAUCAAGAUUCUACGGCAGCUCAACCACAAGAGCAUCAUCAAUAUGAAAGAGAUCGUCACGGAUAAAGAGGAUGCUCUGGACUUCAAGAAUGAUAAAGGGGCAUUUUACUUGGUGUUCGAGUACAUGGACCAUGACUUGAUGGGGCUUUUGGAGUCUGGCCUAGUCCAUUUCAAUGAGUCUCACAUCAAAUCCUUCAUGCGGCAGUUGCUGGAGGGUCUGGACUACUGCCACAAGAAGAACUUUCUGCACAGAGACAUAAAGUGCUCCAACAUCCUGCUCAAUAACAAGGGCCAGAUAAAGCUGGCGGAUUUUGGAUUGGCUCGACUCUACAACUCUGAGGAAAGCCGACCCUACACCAAUAAGGUGAUCACACUGUGGUACCGUCCACCUGAGCUCCUGCUUGGGGAAGAGCGGUACACGCCUGCCAUCGACGUGUGGAGCUGCGGGUGCAUUCUGGGUGAGCUCUUCACCAAGAAACCUAUUUUCCAAGCCAACCAAGAGCUGGCCCAGUUGGAGCUAAUUAGUCGUAUCUGUGGCAGUCCUUGUCCUGCUGUGUGGCCCGACGUCAUCAAACUGCCAUACUUCAACACCAUGAAACCAAAGAAACAGUACCGACGCAGGCUCCGCGAAGAGUUUGCUUUUAUUCCUCCGACAGCCCUGGACCUGUUCGAUCACAUGCUGGCUCUGGACCCCAGUAAGCGCUGUACUGCAGAACAGGCUCUCAGCAGUGACUUCCUCAGAGAUGUGGACCCGACUAAGAUGCCUCCACCAGAUCUCCCUCUAUGGCAGGAUUGUCAUGAGCUGUGGAGUAAAAAACGUCGGCGGCAGAAGCAGAUGCCAGAAGAACUGGCCGCGCCAAAAGUUCCACGGAAAGAGCUGGGACUGGACGACAGCCGCAGUAACACGCCUCAGGGUUUCCCUUCUGCUGGAGGACACAAAGGGCCUGGCGCCACUGCUGCUACCAUGCUGGACCCCAAAGGUCCGAACUCUCAGCUGACCCAGGAGCAGCUGGCGGUGCUUCUGAACUUGCUCCAGUCUAAGAGCGCCCCAGCGGGUUCUGCACAGCUCUCCCAGACCAUGGGCUUGAAGAUAAACUCUGAAACCCUGCAGCACCUCGCCAAGGCUCUUCUCCCAGGAGCAGCUGAGCCGGAGAGGUCGCUGGAGCCUCCUGCCCAGUCUCAGUCUCAGUCCAAAGCCCCUAAACCCCCACACCCUGUUCCAGCAGUGGGCGGGGCCCCCCGAACCCCACCCCUACCCAAGCCUCCAUCACCCCCCACUCCACAGCAGCAGGGUAAACACGACGGAGAUGUUUCUGCCACAGCCACGCAAACAGCCGUUACUAUGCUGCUCGCUCAGUUUCUCAAGGUCCAGCAGAGUGCAGAAGCGAUCGGGACGGAGGGGGCGGAUGCAACCGUUUCUACAGCGGUGGGGGCAGCGACUGCACCCCUUCUCCCGACAGAAAUAAAACAGCCCCCAGAGCCCAGUCCUGUCUCACCAGCGACUGAGGGGAGCGGAUCGUCCUCCAGAGCUCCUGAGCCGCUCUCCAUCUUGCCUCCCGAUCAGAGGCCCCCGGAGCCGCCAGAACCCCCUCCAUGUGCAGACCUGGACUACCGCCAGGCCCCUGAGAGCCAGCCUCUCCUCUCUUCUUCCUGUCCCACCUCUGCAGGACUAGGAGAAGCAGCACGGCCACCCGAGCCCGAUUAUCCUCCUCCGCCUCCACCGAGAAGCCACUUACCCCCUCCUCCCUUUCCCCCUGCAGGCUUCGGAGAAAGCUACCUCAGCCACAUGAUGGGAGGAGGAAUACCCCCUCAUGCUCAUGCUCACGUCACAUCGUCUGCCCCGGUGCCCUUCCCUCACGGAGCAGCACCAGGUGGCAGUACUAGUGGAGUUCCUGCGGGAGCCAGUGGCAGUAUGGUGUUUAGUGGAGACAAGGACCAUCGCUUCGAGUACAAUCACAGUCCCAUACCCGUAGAGGGCACCUCCCACCCCUCUAGCAUACAUCUCUACAACCCUGCUAUUGGCCAGAAGGAUGGAGGUGCACCGCCCCCUUCUAUUCCACCCCCUCCUCCAGGCCAAGUGUGGGGCUCUCCAUCCCAGUCUGGAGCUCUGCCCCUUCCUCUUGGGUACGUCCCCCAUUUGAACACUGCAGCACUAAGGGGGAGGGGACUCCCAUAUUGAUUGAUUGAUUUGAUUGGCUCCCAAGAAAUGGGAGGGACAACACGGUGACACUCUCACCUCAGAUAAGGACAACUGUAAAAGACAGAAGCGGUUGCCAUCAAUCAAGCCAGCACUGAGUGCACUACAGAGGCACACGUUCAUUUGUAAUAAUUAUAAUUAUGGAUGCAGGCAGGCAUUUCAGUAGAGUAUUGUGGCUUGAGCUACAACAAGAGGGGUGUGACAUGAGAAGGAUUACGUUUCCUUCUCACUUUUUUUUUUUUUCUUCUCCCCUCUCCUCUCCUAUUAGUUAUCCCUCUCUAUGAUUUGGUAAUCUAUCAAACUGCUGUCUUUUAAAUAAAAUUUGACCUUUUUUGAGUGUGCAUUUACCAGUCUGGGUAAGUGUUUUUAUUAUCUGUACCUUAGUGAUGCCUUUAAUUGCGUAAGGACAGACUAGUAUUACAAUGUUUUGCACUACUGAGUAAAGUAGAUGGAAACAACUAAGAUAUGAAAUGAUUCUGAUGUGCUGUAUCUGCACAAGAUGAAAUGACCAGUAAUGUAGGGUUUUUUGUUUUCUCCUUUAAUGACUUAACAUUGAUGGGCUCGGUCCGUUUUUCACUGGAGGAGCUUUUUAAAAAAGCACGUAGCUCCAGUGAGAUUGGCAGCACUUGGGUGACUAGGCUCCGUUGAAAUUGGUUUGUCUACUGAAUGAAACAAAGCUGUAUUUUCUCACCAGUUCCACCAGCCAUUGUCUACAGCCAUUGUAAAAUAGAACGAAGAGACCAGUUUAAUCCAAUUUCAAAAAGCAGAAGAACGGUAAUGUCUUUUUUACUAAAAUGUUUUGUUCUUUUGGCAAAUGUUUAUUAAAGAAAAGCCAAUAAUGUA